AUGGGGCAGGAUGAGGCGCUUAAAACUCAUGACAUGGUGCAGGAAACAGAGAACGGAAGAAUGGGGAUGGAUGGUUGCUGCAGGUUAAGGUCAUUUGACCUUAACCAAGAACCUGAGUGUGACCGAGACACAUUCAUUGAAGAAAGCGAUGGUUCAAUAGGAGGACACGAAGAUGAGGAGACAGAUGAAUUGGUGGGCGCAAUAGGCGUGGAUGACGUAAUGAAAUUAACAUUUGACACGGAAGAAGAAGCUGGGGAAUUCUAUAAUUUGUAUGCGAAACUAAGCGGAUUUGGGAUUCGUAAAAGUAAUGCCAAACGAGAUGCAGAUGGCAUUUCAAGAUUUAGAAAAUGGGUAUGUUGCUGUGAAGGUUAUAGGAAUGAAAAGUGGUUUAACUAUGAAGACCGGAAAAGAGAAGCAAAACCAAUCACAAGAACCGAGUGUGGGGCUUGCUUUCGCGUGAAAUAUGACAUAAAAUCGGUAAAGUAUGUGGUGACACGUUUCAUUAUGGAGCACAAUCACCCGCUGGCAUCAGAGGCAAGUGUGCAACACAUUAGGUCGUAUAGAAAAGUGAGCGAUGCAGAAUAUGCGCAGGCAAAAAGUCUAAAGUUGGUUGGGGCCAGAAUAUGCCAGAUAAUGAAACAUUUUGUAAUCAAAGCCGGAGGGUAUAGUAACGUGGGAUUUUGCAUUAAGGAUCUGUAUAACCGAAUGGACGAGGAACGUAGAAAAGAUAUUUUUAAUGGCGAUGCAGAAGGGGCACUUGGGUUCUUGGCAGCGAAGAAGGAUGCCGAUGACAUGUUCUUUUAUAAAUAUCAUGUACAUAACGAAGGAAGAUUGGCAAGGUUGUUUUGGGCAGAUUCUAAAUCUCGUGCGGACUUCAGUGUAUUUGGAGAUGUAUUGGUGUUUGAUACAACAUACAAAAUAAAUAAAUACCGCAAGCCACUAGUUGUACUUGCAAGGGUAAACAACCAUUUGAACAGUACUAUUUUUGGCUGUGCACUGCUAUCAGAUGAGAGGAUUGAAACAUAUGAAUAG